AACAGACUUCCACAUCGCGGCGUAAAACGAACGUCGCAAACAAACUUUCUUUGUAAUUUUCGGGAAUGUACGAUCGCGUAACAAAUUAAGGUUUGUGUUUUGCGCAAACAACCCGCUGGCCAGCCGUUGUGGAUGUGGACAUCGGAAGUGCCAUAAAUUGCUGAGAACAACAUUUCGGACGAGGAGCAUCACGAUCCGAGGACGGUCGAUAAAAUAUUAUAAACUGCCCUAUGAAAAUGCCUCAGCAGCAACGAAAUCAGUGAGCUGUGCAAGAAGCGCACCAACGGAAAAAAAACAACACACCAGUGCCAACCUGCUGCUCAUCGGUAUUUCAGAGUGUGUACGGCAAACAUGCAAAUCCCGUGCCACCACGAAGGCAAUCGCAAUGGAAAGCGGUCCACCGGCGUGGCAAACUCUAUCACGCGUUGGAAGCAGAGAGGUGGAGUGUGGUUGUUACGAUUAGGAUUCGUAUUGAUAUCAACUUCCUCGUUGAUUCCUACCAGUCUAGCAACCCCUAUUCAGGGACGAUGCUUGCAGUUCGGCACAACAUCGACGACCAAUACGCAGCAGCAAAACGGACAAGAAACUUCCGACGAUUAUAACUACAGCUAUGACGACCAGCCGGAACCAUCUGAUGAGCCCGUGUUUGAAAAGAAUGUUUCAACUAUAGUGACGUGCACUCGUUCUGCUCCGUUUUGCUAUACACUUUGGACAUACGACGUGACACAAAAUGUCACAAAAGUCGUCGUACAAGGAUGCUGGGGAUCGUCCGAUGAGCAGGAAUCGUGCAGUAGCACCAGUUGUGUCAGCACGACUGAAACACCGACUAAGCAUUUCUUCUGCUGCUGCACCGGAGACAGUUGCAAUGGGAACUAUAGCUACGUUCCACCGCCAACGACGGCCGAUGGGUUGAGCGUACGGGAGGACAGUGAAAGCAUAACCCCGUUCGCACCAUACACCUCGAUCUGGAGUUCACCCACGGUGUACAUUUGCUUCGCGGUUGUCGCCAUCAUGUUUAUGGCGUUUGUGGCCAUCUUCAGUUGCCGCCAGCUGCCUAAGAAGGGCGUCGCCGAGCUGGAAAAGAUGGAACCGUCUGGCCCGGGAUACAGCGCGAAUCUCUACAAUGUUGAUAAUCUGAAACUAGUGGCCAUGAUCGGUCAGGGCAAGUAUGGCACGGUCUGGAAGGGCAUGGUAAACGAGCAACCGGUCGCGGUGAAAAUAUUUGCUGGCCAACACAGACAGUACUUUUUGAACGAACGAGAUAUCUACACCGUGCCGCUUAUGGAAUCUCCCGCGCUGUUAACGUAUUUUGGAUCCGAUGAGCGGCGAACGAUGGACGAUCGUAUUGAAUAUCUGCUGGUGCUUUCAUUGGCCCCUCUCGGCUGCCUACAGGACUGGUUGACGGACAAUCGUGUCCCGUUCGAUACAUUCUGCCGGAUGGGUCGAUCGAUUGCGAACGGAUUGGCACACCUGCACACCGAAAUCCGCAAGGGUGACCUGGUAAAACCGUGCAUCUGCCACCGGGAUCUAAACUCGCGCAAUAUUCUCGUCAAGGCGGACCUUACUUGUUGCAUCGGGGAUUUGGGCUUUGCACUGAAAACGUUCGGCGCUCGGUACGAAUAUCGCGGCGAGAUCACGCUGGCGGAAACGAAAAGCAUCAAUGAAGUAGGCACGGUCCGUUACAUGGCGCCGGAGGUGCUCGAGGGUGCCGUCAAUCUGCGUGACUGUGAGUCCGCGCUGAAACAGAUUGACGUGUACACGUUGGCACUGGUGCUUUGGGAACUGGCAAACCGUUGCGAAGAUUUCUUCCCCGAAGACAUCCCGGUGCCAGAAUAUCGGGCUCCGUACGAAGAGUACGUCGGGUCGAACCCGAGCUUCGAGCAGAUGCAGGUGCUUGUUUCGCGCAACAAGGCCAGACCUACGUUCCCGCUGCACUUUGGGCAAGGCUUGGUGACACAAAUCGUGCGCGAUACGUGCGAAGACUGCUGGGAUCACGAUGCGGAAGCUCGCCUUACCGCCAUGUGUGUACAGGAGAGACUGCAGGAAAUUUCGCAAAUAAACCCACAUGCCCGAACCGUUCCCUCGAAGGGUUGUAGCGAUGAUGGCGAGGGCGAAGGUGGCAUUGGAAAGAACCAACUGCACAGUCUCGAAAGCGAUGGAAUGGUGAAUGUCACGGCGAUGGAGCGAUAUAAUAGCCCCGAUGGGACGAUUAUGGCGUUCAUGACACCACCGAACCAGCAAAUCAUUCCAUUGCCACCGGGUGGUGGAUAUCGGGACGAUACAACUGGAUCAUAUAAAUACGGCAAGCUGGCCUCGUUGGGAAACAUUUCUUCCACGAACACUAGUCAGCAUCAUCCGUCGUCGCAGUCCGACGAGGAUGAACUGCUGCAUGGCACCGGUCGCAAAGGACAGCAACCGCUGAUGCAGAAGGAUACCGAGAUGAAGCGUAGCGGAAAAGCGCUGAGCAGCGUGAAGGUGAUGCUACAGAAAACAUUCCACAAGCACCCGAACAUUACCAACAACAUCAUUCAACACCCGUAUGAUGUACAGCAGGACUGCUACGAUGGAGACGAUCGCUCGAACCUGGUGGUGGUGGUGGAGUCUACUGACGGUUGCCCGCAGCAACCGCAAACGACACCAUCCCAAGAAGAGAUCAUUAUGAACCAUCACAACACCCAACAGUGUGCCAUGGAACGGCCAACAAAUCUCGAUCUCGCGCUCGGCAAGUACGAAAGCAACCUUUUGCUACACGAACCGCGAACCGUCGUCAACGGCAGCCGAGCGGAAGCCGGCGAUGAUCGCGGACAGUACGCCAAAAUGCUAGCCGAAGCCGACUUUGCUAGUCAAUCUUUCGCCAUACUGGAUGAAAACGACGGAGGCGAAGAAGCUUCAGAUCGUCAUGGUCUGGUAUCUGAUCAGAAGCUGCGCAUCGUCGUCUCCAAGUCAGCAAAUGCAAUGCAUCAAUCCAGGGUACCUCGAAUGGACACCACGGCGAGCCACUCGCCACUACUGGUAGACGAUCGUUCCCUCAAACGGCAGCGUUCACUCGAAGUGUUCCACGAGGUGUUUGGACCCAAGGGAAGCAUCGAGCGACUGCGCAAUCCUAGUCAACGCGUUAAAACGCCCGGAGAUGUUCCGCCUUCGGUACGUAAAGUGCGCGCCUCGAAGACACUGUCGCUGUACGACGAUCGGAUGAUGAUGACGACAUCCGUCGGAGGCGGGAAUAGGCUGGCGAACUCUGUAUAGCACGAGGAGGUCUUACUAUUAGAGCUCUGAGAGGUGAACCAGGCAAAUUCUACCCGCACCAGUGAAUGUGCCGGUCAAAACAAAACUCUUUAUAACUACUAGUACCGAGACCAGCGUUUUUUUUAAAUAUGGGAAAUAUAAUGUCUCAUUAAGCAAGUAGGAGACGUUCUUAAACAUUUAUUACGGGGAGUUUAUAAAAUGUAACUUCCAUUUCCAUUUUUCAAACCACAGACCGACAGUAGGACAACUUUUAUUUCUCAUAGUUACCUCACAUUUUCUUCGUUGGUAAAAAACGAAAGUACCGAUAGUUACACAAACUUAUUCAUCUUGAGAAUGUACGAAAAUAAUUGUACGUAGAACGAAAUGGUAUCUUUUUCUGGCUGGAGCAUAAAUUAGAUGUAACCUUAAAUGAGGAACUUUUGCGUGGUUGGGAAUUAAAUACUUUCCACCGUACAUACAAAUAAGCAGGCAAAGUCUGCGAGCCGAUUACGAUUACGGAAACUAAAGCCUCCGGUUUAAAUGCCUACUUUGAUGGUUUGUUGCCCCGUUUGAAAAAAUAAGGAAUAAAUUAAUGCCUCUAUUUAACAUGCACUAGGAUCUCUGCAAUCGGCGAAACAGGUCAGGAAUGUCUAGGAAUACUUGAACAAACACGUCGUAAAAUUAAUGAAAAUUCAACAAAGCAAAGCUUGAAAAGUUGUACUAUUUAGUGUCAUCACAGAAAAAGGGCUUCUGCAGUAGCCCGGUACUUUAUCGCACGUGUGCAAAUAAAUGCACAACUACUUUACUUCUGUCUGGCAAAUGCUCCCCUUACGAUUGCAUUUCAGUUAGGGGCGACGGAGACAUGAUGAACAGUAUUUAAAUACGGAAACGGAGUAAGCUAAGCGAAUGAUUCGAUCCAUACCAAAAGAAACCAAAAAUGACAAAAAAAAUUAAAAUACAUUGGAUGAUCUAAAUUGUGAAAAUAAAGUUUAGCAAAAAGUAUUAUUAGGCAUGCAUAUAUUCUAGAGUAAAAGAAUUUUGUUAUCACUUUAUAUGAUAUUUAUGUCCGAAAUUCACCAAUCUGGUACUGUAAUGGGAGACGAACAAAAUUUCGGAUAUUUCUAAGCAUCUGCUAAUAAACUUAAGAUACAUAGCAACACAGAGGGAAACUUGUUGACUGUUUUACAAUGUAAACUUCUUAACUGAUUCAAUAAAAUAGAUAAC